GAGGAAGAACUUCUGCUUCGGUCCAGAAACUCGAGUGGACCGGUGACCUAGCAGGUUACCGGUUCUUUUAACCUGGUUAGUAACGGGCUUCGUCUCCAUGGCAACAGGUCGACUGGUGGACGUGUACCUGGACCUGCUGUCCCAGCCCUGCCGGGCGGUGCACAUCCUGCUCACCUGCACCAACAUCCCGCACCGCGUGCACACCGUGGCUCUGAGGAAAGGAGAGAACAGGACCCCAGAGUUCACCAAGCUGAACCCCAUGCAGAAGGUUCCUGUCAUGGUGGACAACAGCUUUGUCCUCACAGAGAGCGAUGCCAUCCUCAAGUACCUGGCCAUGACCUGUGACAUCCCAGAGCACUGGUAUCCACGGCAACUAGAGCAACGAGCCCGUGUGGAUGAGUACACGGCGUGGCAUCACACCAACACGCGUCCUAAAGCUGCCAAAGUCUUCAUACUGGAGGUGCUGCUUCCUAUGCAGUUUAGAGCUCAGGUGGACGAGGUGCGUUUGAAACGUGCGCUGUCAGAGCUGGAGGACAUGCUGGACAAACUGGAGUCCAUGUUCCUUCGUCGGCAACCUUUCCUCUGCGGCGAUGACAUCACCGUGGCCGACCUGCUCGCCGUUUGUGAGCUCAUGCAGCCUCUGGGAGGUGGGCGGGACAUCCUGAAGGACCGCCCUCAACUGCAGCGAUGGAAGAGUCGCGUCCAGUCGGCCGUUGGCGAGUCGUUCGAUGAAGCUCACGCUGUGCUGUUCGGCGUCAGAGACCGCCGCCGAGCCAGGCUGUGAUGGGACCGAGUGGGCGGAGCCUCUUCAGUACCAGAGAUGGAAACGACAAGUGUAAAGAAGAGGAGGGAGGUGUUUGAUUAACCUUCGAUUCAGUCAGACGGGCUCGGUUCUGAUUCUGCCCGUCGUGUCUAACGUUUGUAAUAAACGUUUGUAAUUACACUUAAAGCACUUUAACAG